AUGCUUUUGCCGUAUUAUGGCGGACGCUUCGUCGAGAUGGUCGGCCGUCAGGAAGGAGUGUCGAUGGAUGCGCUAAACCAGGUGACAGCCGAAAUCCUGGUCGUUGCCGUCGCUUCUUCACUCACCUCCAUGAUCCGAGGUGCUUUGUUCGUCCUCGCCGGCGAGCGCAUCGUCUGCGAGCUGAGGAAGCAGGUUUUCCGAGCUCUGCUCCGCCAAGAGAUUGCCUUCUUCGAUGUGCAGACAACUGGGGCAUUGGUGUCCCGGUUGACAAAUGAUACCGGCACUUUGCAGAAUGCCGCGAGCUCGAACAUCUCCAUUUUCCUUCGCAGCAGCGCUAGCCUGCUGUUGUCCGUGCUCGUGAUGCUCGUGACUUCUUGGAAGCUGACCUUAGCUAUGCUCGUCACAGUGCCAGUCGUUAGCAUUCUGGCCGUGUUCAUGAGUCAGAUCUCCCAGCGCGUGAGCAAGAAGUACCAGGAUGAGACCGCAGAAGUCGGAAAUCUGGCCUCAGAGACUUUUGGCAAUCUUCGCACAGUCCGUGCUUUCAGCUCCGGAGAAAAGCUGAUGGACAAGAAGUAUUGUGCUGCAAGUGAUCUCGUCUACCGAUAUGGACGACAGCGAUCGAUGAUCUACGGAGCAUGGUCUGGCGUAGUCGGCAUGCUCUUCUUCGUGGCUUUCACCAUUGUGCUUCGGUACGGUGCGACCCUCGUCCACGAGGGAGAGAUGACCUCCGGGCAGCUGAUCUCCUUUGUCCUCUACACGGUCAGCUUGUCCGGCUCUGUGGCCAUGCUUGGCAGCAUCAUGCCCAGCUUCGCUUCCGCCAUUGGUGCAACUGUCAAAAUCUUCGAGAUCAUUGACCGGGAACCGGCCCAGUCAGAGGGCCAAGUGGAUCCUGGCGACUGUCGGGGGAAGGUGGAGUUCCAGGGCGUCUCCUUUGCUUACGUCACCCGCCCAGACCAACAGGUCUUGAAAAAGGUGAGCUUCACCGCCGAGCCUAACCAGGUCGUGGCCCUUGUGGGUCAGUCUGGGAGCGGCAAGAGCAGCUGUGUUUCGCUGCUCCAGCGACUCUAUGACUGCCAG